AUGGCCAAUCACCUCAGACCCUUGUUCAUAACAGCAAAUUUUGGGGGUGUCCCCAUUCCCAAGGUCAUGGUAGAUGGGGGGGUAGCCAUUAAUCUUCUGCCUCAUAGAAUGCUGAGCAAUAUGGGUAGAACAAAGAGGGAUUUGAUUCCAACACGCUUGACUAUCACCAACUUCGCAGGGGGCAUCACCAAAACUCAUGGGAUCUUAGAUGUGGACGUCAUAGUUGGGAGCAAGAAGCUGAAGAUUGCAUUCUUUGUGGUAGACACCACUUCUACCACUUACAAUGCACUGCUUGGCAGAGACUGGAUUCAUCAGAUUCUAUGUGUCCCCUCCACUCUUCAUCAACAAUUAGCUCUGUGGAAUAAAGAAGGUUACAUGAAGAUAGUAGAGGCCGAUCCACGACCAUUUCUGCCUUCUGCCAUGUGUUUUGAGGCAAGGUACUAUCAUGAUGACCUUGGUCCUUUCACCUUCCUUAGAGUCAACCAGAACGGCCGCCCCCAUGGUGUCACGGCCCAGAGGCUCAUUGAAGAUGGUCUAACAAGUUCCCUAGAGGACUGGAAUAGACCUUUUGUUCUAAACUUCCGAAACUCUGAUGUUUAG